UUACUUGAGUCUAUUGUGUGCAUGAGAAUGUAACUUUUUAUUACUCAAUUAGCCGACUUAGGUGUUAUUUUAAGUCAACGGGCACCUGUUUGUUUGCUAAAAAGAUUUCUAUGAUGGUUGGAGGGGGCAGCGCUCUCAAUCUUUCGCUACUUAGCCGAGGUGUGGGCGAAAUAACUAAAAAUGGACACGAAAAAAUCGACGUUGUAUUUGAACCUCAGGACUACUACAAUUUUGUAAAUGACUCCAGUAGGGUCUACCUACCACCAAUACAGCCAUCUUACGCAUACGAUGAACCAACAUACUCAUUUUCGCGGGCAUCUAAAAAAUCGGUCCAAGAGAUUAGCAUGCCUAAGACAUUCACCACCAGAAAAGGGGCUCUGCUUCUGUUUUCUGAGGACAUGGCACACCGUACUAGACAAACACAUCACCAUGUGCGCAAAAGUCACAUGAGCAUGGAUGACAGAGAAUCACAUCUGUCAAAAAGUGCUGAUGAAAUUGAUCUGAGAACUGUUGAUGAUCUGGCAAAAUCUAUUCUUUCCUUUGGUGCUCAGGAUUCAGACAGAGAAGAUGGUAUGUACCUCAAGUUUGUUCAUGGAAGAAGAAAGAGGGACUAUUUUGAUAGACAAAUCCGGCCAGGAUUUUCAGCAAAACGAUAUUUGUCCUCCUGGACCAAGUGCUGGGAUGACACUGUCUUAGAAAAGGUUAUCAGCAAAGGAUAUUUGACAGAGAAAUCUCUUUUUUACUACAAUCCUCUGAUGCCUCAUCUUCAGCGUCGACUGAACGAUGACAUGUCACAUUACCCCACUCCCUAUAAACUGAUGAGGAGUAUGCUGAUGUCUCCGGGAAGCUUGUCUGGAUACACAUUCUACAGGAUCCGACCGGAAUCAGCAGAAACAUGUGUAACCCAGGAUGUUGAUAUUUAUCAUGGAUUGCCACCAAGUCAAGGAGCCUCCAUUAAAGUCAUCAGUACAAAAGAUGGUGUUCAAAGGGAGGUAACUUAUGGCAGCCUGGACAAAAAAGCACAGGAAGAAGUCCUGACAGAUUUACUGGUGAAGAGUGCUGUUCAUUAUGCCAUGAAAAAACAACAGGAAUAUUUUGAGGACAAUAUGAUCAGAGCCAUAGAAACCAACAAAAUCCGAGAGGUAUCCGAGGGGCGUGGUACCCCAGCCUCCAUGCCACAGUUUGACAUGCAAGAUGCUGUUGAGUCAUUGUUGGAUACCCAAAGAGCCAAGGGUGCUGUCAUUGAGGCUGACCUUCCCGAGGACAGGUCAUCAGUAAGGUCAGGGUCACUGAAGCCAAAACAACCAUACAAGAAGCAUGGAAAAGAAAGAGUUCGGUCAACAUCCUCCUCCCCAGCCUUUGAGGAUAAGGAGUAUAUUGGUGGGGUUCCUGUAGUUUCCUUCAGAGAUGGAUCAGGGUCCCCAAGUUCUGUCCCCCAACUCCCCCACAUUUCAGGAGCAGUUCCUCUGACCCCCAUAGGAGAGACCAGCAGGGAACAGACCACAGUAGUACCACUGCCACCAAUAGGAAAAGGCAUACCAUCCCUGAACAUUCAACCUCCAACCCCACAAAAUACAACUCUAGACACUUAUGAUGCAACAGGGAAAACAAAAGAGAAUCUCAAGUCUGUUAGUGAAGUUGACACAGAAGAGGAAUGGGGUACUCACGUUUCCCAGGCAGCAGAUCACACCUCUGUUAGGGGGGAUGUGGAUGCUGAGUCUAAGAAAGACAAGGGUGAAGUAUCAUCACAUGCCAAGGGUUCAACCGACAGUGUUGGUACUGGUGUCCAAUCAUUGAAGGAGAGCAAACUCAACCGAACACACUGGAAAGGCAGUCAGACUAGUGUCAAGAGCUCCAAAAAAGGAUCUGGUAGUAUAGAUGAUGGAUCUGUGAAAGGCAGUGUUAUCCUAGGUCCAGAAGGGGAGAUAAUUAAUGUUGGAGGAACAAUUAAACCACACCUUAGGGAUAUUGAUAUGGUUCAUGAUGCCAACAAAGUCUUUGGAAAAGAUUUGAUGAGUGAUGACUCGGAUGUAGAUGACCAACCAGAUGAAUGGAAGAAACACAGAACCCUUCCACCUGGUGCACGUGAUCAGAUGAAAAAUUUCGCCAACAAACGAGCGACACCUUCAAAUCUCUCUGUGACGGAGUCCGUCCCUCGUCAACCUCACCAUGGUGACUUUGCCAAAAUAGACUACACCAGUGGGGACAUAGACGCCACCCUCUCCAUCAGCUCCUGGAGCUAUGCCCCCCGCGACCAGGACCCCGAAUUAAAUGACCUCAGAAAAACCAGUAGCUUACAGAGUCUUCCCAACAUAGAAGCUCAGUUUUUAAAAGAUUUAACCAUUUUAAGUCGAGCAACUGAGAAAACAGAACCAAUAGAAAGACAAAAUACCCAGGAUGUAGACACCACAGAUGAUUCUAACAAUGUUAACCCCAGUUCUGGGGCCCCCUUGACAGAUGGCAUCAGCUCCCUUCAGACCCCUUUUACUCAGUCUGUGACUCCAGGCGGUAGGAUCACCAGCAUCUUAGACACACCUAUGGGUCCUCAAGAGGACACAGUUAUUGAGGAGUCAGAAAGAGAAUCCCCUGAGCAGAUAUCUGAGAAAGAUGAGGAAGAAAAUGGAAUGGAAGGGACAGUCAAAUCUAGGAUGAGUGAAGCAUCACGGAAGUCGCCCAGCAGGAAGGGCUCUGUUAUGUCUAAGACCUCCCUUAUUGACCCCGAGCUGACUAAGUCUGUGAGUGGUAGUCUGCCAAAGUCCAGGGCUCCCAGUGUGGAUCUGUAUACAAGAACAAUCAUUAAUAGCAGAAGUCGCAGAAGGUACAGUUUGGAUCUUGGAUCUAAAGCUGGUCGGGGUCUGUUGAUUGAGGCUGAUAAGAAGCUUACUAGAGCAUCCAGUGUGGAUCUGUCAAAGGAUUUAGAGUUGUCAUUAGAGGAUCUUAAGAACAAGAUAGCUUUGAAGAGUAAGGAGGAUGACCAGAGUGAGGAGGGUGGUAAAUCUAGGGCUCCAAGUGUCAGUGAAGAGAGACGAGGGUCUGUGAAGUCACGCCUUGCCUCCAGGGAGUCCAUCCUCAGAAGUAUGUCCAAACAGUCACUCAAUCAGGAGGAGAUUUUGUUUGAGGGUCCAGCAGAAAGUGAAAUUUUGGAGGUGUCCUCAGAAAGAAAGUCUACAAUAACAGGUGAUGAAGAGUCUGUGUUAGCUGUGGAGGGCCAGGGAAUCCCUGGUCCUUCUUCUCCCUCUGUUGACCAACCCAUUUCCAAACCUGAAUCUCCCAAACAUUCAGAAGACACUGCUACUGUCCGCUCAGAUUCUGCAAGAUCCAAAGUUUCAGAAAAAGAGAUCGUGGAUGCCUUGGCGGAUCAUGCCCAGCAGAUCGCUUCGAGCGUGCUCAGUCGUAGUACAUCUGGAAAGGACCUGGAGGAUGAUGUCAGGCGGGCGGCUAAGCUCUGGAUGGACACCCACCCCCCACGAGAUAUUUCUAGAAGUCACUCGGUUCAGGACAAGUCAAUUGUACAAGAGAUAAUGGCAGGACAGGAAAAGAGAAAGAGUGCAGGACCCACUGCAGGAGAAUACAAAGAACUCAUCAAGGCCAACCUCAAGACAGCAAUGUCUAGUGCUAGUGGUGAAAACGUCCCAGCUGACACAGAGGUCAGUCCAGAACUGAUAGACACACUGGCCAAGGAGGACGUCGCUGCUGAGGAUUUAGAGAUAGUUCAGGACGACGACGGAAAAAGUCUCAUCCGCACCAAAAGUCAGGUCUCCAUGGCAAUGGGUGGAGUUAAGGAAGGUCAUAUCUAUGUACCAGUGGCUAAAAACGGGCAGAAGGCUCCUGCUACUAGCAUACCUGUGGAUCGGCAAUCUAAUGCUGAUAUAGGGGAACUUGCUGUCAUUCACUAUUCUGGGGACAAAGACUUGGUAAAGGCAGAGUCUGAGAAAAGCCCCUCAGAGAAGGGCAGUAAAACCAAGUCCCAGCCCCCCUCAACUCUUGGGGAAUCUAUUGUAGAGGAGGAGCAGUUUCCAGAUGAUACCUCUGACCGCAAGUCCCACGUGUCAUUCAAGGAUGAAGAGGAGAUUGAAGAUGAGUUUCAGAAAGCCGUUAAGGAGGCAGAACAGAAAUCUGACAAGCAGAGCAUGAAAAGUGGAAAGACGGAGUCAGAUGGUAAAAAGAGUAAGGUGUCGAUGGAAAAGUCCACAUCCCCAGUCAAGAAGAAGGAGGAAUUUGUUGUGGGCAAGGUAGAUACAAAGGAUGAUAUUAAGGCACUGUAUGGUCAGCCUGAAGCCCCGCCCAAGGAGCCUUCAAUGGGAAGAGUUGAAUACAAAGAUGAAUUAAAACAUCUGUAUAAUAAUCAGGCUAGAAAGCCUGAAAAACCCAAGGGAGGCAAAACCAAAAAGAAGGUUCCAUCCCCAACAAAAAAGCCCACAGUCACCAAGGAGGCUAAACCAAAGGCCAAAGGUAAGGCCAAGGCCAAGAAGAAGGAGGAGUCCCCUGAACCGAAACCAGCAGAGCCUGAACCGGUGCAACCAGAACCUGAACCUAAACCUCCCACACCAAAACCUCCCACACCACCCCCACCAAAAGAGGAGCCACCCUCCGAUCCUGAGACUGAUAGAGAGUCUGUGUCAGACUUGAAGAGCGAGGAAAGCUUUGAGUUCCACAUUGUCAGGGAUUCCCCCUCACCAAGUCCACCCCCUCCUAAGGCCCCCUCAAUCCCAUCUGUGGAGGAGGAGCCAGAAACAGAGGAAGAGGAACCCAUAGAGGAUGAGGAUAAAGGGGUGAAAAAGCAAAUUGUCAAGAAGACUAAGGAUGAGGCAGCCAGAUUGCGCAUGAUUUCCAACCGAGAGGCCAGGGCUGCCAAACGAGCUGCACAGGCCGAAAAACGACGACAGGAAGUAGAAAAACGACGACGAGAGAGAGAGGAUCAGCUGAGGAGAGAAAAGGAAGAAUUCGAGAGACAACAGCAACUUAAAGCUGAGCUGGAAGAGGAACGCAAGAGACAGGAG